CAGCCAGCAGGGCUCUGCAUGUUUCAAUGUGUUUGCCAUAGGUACGCAUGUUUUCCAUUGCCCUUUCGCUUAAUAUCUUGAAGUUGUAAACCGUAGCUGGGUCCAAGACUCCGAGUGGGUCCAAGUCGCAGAGCAAGAGAUUUCGCUAAGCUGAGCUUCAAAUUCUACGUUCUAUUGUUCUAAGCCAUCCGCAAUGGGUAUCACUAAGCCCCUCGGAUGUGCGGUGCUGGUGCUGCUGGUGCAAUUUCUGAGGGGCGUGCAUAGCGGGGGCAUGGCUAGCGCUAUAUCGACUGACGGCAUGCGUUUUGUGGAUGCGGAGGGCAGGACUGUCAUCCUGAGAGGGUUCAAUGUCGCCGGCGAUGCCAAGCUGCCAGACUACCGCCCCCUCAAAAACCUGACCACUCUCAAUGAUCUGAGACGUUUUGGGGUGAAUGUUGUGAGGAGCUUAUUUAUCUGGGAGGCGUACGAGGGCGUGCGUGGGGUGUACGACGCCAGCUACCUGGAGUACCACCUGGGGGUGGUGGACCACCUCGCGCGCCUGGGCAUCCACACCAUCCUGGACAUCCACCAGGAUGCAUUCUCCCGCUAUACGCUGGGGGGUUGCGGUGAUGGCUUCCCGCUGUGGGCCAUCCCUGCCCGCUUCUCUCCUGCGGCUCCGGACAACUCCCUCCAGAAUUGCUCCCGAUGGGGGCCGAGGCUGGUCACGGAUCAGCCCACCCGCCGUGUUUUUGAGGCCUUCUACAACAACGAGGGCGGCGUGCGAGACAGUUACCUGGCCCUGGUGGAACACCUGGCGGGCGUGUUCCGCACGCGGCCGUCUGUCAUUGGCUUCGACCUGCUCAACGAGCCCGUGGGCGACGAGGUGCGCCACGUGGCCCCCCUCUACACCGACGCAGCCGCCCGCGUGCGCGGCGCCAACAGCAGCGCGCUCAUCCUGGCGACCCCCGGCUUCCUCGUUGGCUCCGGCUUCGUGCCCACGCGGCUCCGCCCGCCGCCCGUGGACCACGCCGUCUUCAGCCCGCACUUCUACAACUUCGUCAACCUUGCUGGCGGCUACGACUUUGGUGUGUACACGCGCUCGGUGCUGCGGCGGCUGCUGGCCGUGUCGCGCUCAUGGGGCGAGCCGCUGUUCUUGGGCGAGUUCGGGGUGUUCCACGGCCGCUUUGCCGACCUGUUUGCCGCCGACAUGUACCGCUUCCUGGACGACAACUUCCUGUCCGGCUGUCAGUGGAGCUACACCACCAACUGGUCCCCCGACAAAAAAGAUGGUUGGAACGGCGAAGAUUUGUCCGUUGUGGCCGGCGGGGUAACGCGGGGCUUCCCCUUCACGCCAUCUCCUCGAGUUCUUGCGGGGACCCCCCUUGUCGCUCGCACCGUGCCCCACGUCUCGUACGAGCUGUCGUGGCGCAGCAACGGGGCACCACGGACGAGGGCCGCCGAGAUUUAUUUUCCUCUGAACGAGUUCUGCGGUUCUAACGGAUUUGCAACUAUUGAGGCAUCCCCGUCGCUGGAGUGUGGGUAUCAGGAUGCAUACUCUCUCCUGUGUAAUCAAACAGCUGUUGCAGAGGGCACGCUCUCGGUGCGAGUAAAUUGCUAGGAUAGAGGUUUCAUUAAAACGCGCUCUCAAGGUGUUGUGGUACGUUAUUUCCAGUGACACGUGCCAAUGUGAACUUGAGAUAACAGGUUUUGUACGUUGUCGAGAGCAUUCAGAGCCCCUGAAUGUCAUGCAGCAAUCUGUUAGCCUAGGCUGCCCGAUCAAUCAGGAUCAAGAUCCAUGUUGUUGACGUACUAUUGAUAGGUGAGCAAUCAAGGAUGCAGCCGGUCACCAUAGGCCGCACUGCAUGCUUCGGGAACUCGGUAGUACAAUAGUAAGAUUAAUCAAGUCAGUAAGUCAAUAAGCAAGACCCGGACUAAAGUAAGAUUGAGGUAUGAUGCUUGAAAGAGGUCCAGCCUGUACAAUAUUGAAGCUCGCCCGGUUGAACUAUUCUUUUUCUUGUCAGGAUUCAGUGCUUGACUCUGACCUCCAC